AUGGGUGGUGACACAUCAACGCAUGGAGAUGUAUAUAGCUAUGGGGUCCUCUUGCUUGAAAUGUUCACAGGGAGGAGACCAACUGAUGAUAUGUUCAAAGAUGAUUUAAAUCUCCAUAAUUAUGUGAAGAGGGCACUGCCAAAACAAGUCCUGCAGAUUGUAGACCCAGUACUUCUUGCAAAAGGAGAGAUAGAAAGAGAUGAGGAAUCAAUUGCAGCACCAGGAAAAGAAGAGGAGGAUAAUAAUGACAACGACAACCAUAAUGAAAUAGAACAACAAAAAGACAACAAAAAUUUUGUAAGUUGUCGCCGAGGGAGCAAUAAGAUGGUAAAGGGCAUCAUUUCGGCCCUUCAAAUUGGAUUGGCAUGCACAGCAGAAUCACCAACAGGACGAAUGAAUAUGAGUAAAGUCUCCAGGGAGCUACAACUCAUUAGAAGUGUUUUCCUUGGUUGA